AUGGCAUUUCUCCACCUGCUCACUUUCCUUCUCGUCGUGGCUUGGAAAACGGAAACGGUUUCUACUCGGAACGCCAUUCAUACGGUCCGGCACGAUGUGGCUUUUGUUCAUACGUUUGAUACGAGAGAAAUGUGCAUGUCCAGGUAUGAGUUUAACGCUUUGAAAAUAACAGGAUUACAACUUUUCGUUCCAGAUGUCGUACUGGAUGCACACAACAACACUCCGAGGAUCUUAUGAUGCCACGUUGGCAUUGUCCAUUGCAGGUAGGCCUCUCAUUUCUCAUAACCCCCAUCCAAUUUAAUUAUAUUUCAGGAAGAAGAUGAGAACGACGUCGAGGAAGAAGAAAAGACGUCGCUCGGAGGCAAAAUGCUCAUCAUUGUGCCAUGCGUAAUCUUCGGUUCUCUCCUCUUUUUGUUCUUCUGUGUCUCGGCAAUGCAACGGUUCUGCAGAAAUGACUACUGACACUCAAUCGCUCACCAAAACCCGCUUAGAGAGCGAUAUGAAAUAGUAGCACGUUUCUGUUUUGCCUGAAAUUUGUUUCUCUCCCACUCACUGCUGAGUCAUUCUCUUGAUUGAUUAUCAUCAUCCAUACUCGAUGCUCACUCUUUUUCCCAUUUCCUUCUACUCGAGGGGUCAACUUUUUCCGAAUCCAUUUCCCUUGCGACCCCGUAAUUUCCGUUCUCCUCUUCCCCCAAUUGCCCUUGUGCUCCCCACUCCAGUGCCCCCAUUAUUAGCAGCUCCUUCUGCCUUUCCCGCACCUGUCACGCGCCUAGUUCUCGAUUCGAAACUGAACAAAACCUGUCAUUUGAUUCAUCAAUUAGAAAAAAGUGCAAAUCUAAUGUUUUAAAGUAAUAUUACUCUUUUUUCUGCCCUUUUCCCUCUUCCUUCUUCUCAUCACCUUUUCUUGUUGUAUCAACAAACCUCCUUUCCAGUCAUUUUUUCACUGUUGUGAUUAUCCUAUGGGUAAUUUAUAUGUCAUUUAUUCUCAUUUUCUAAUCGCUCCUAGCCAACUUGAAUAAAUAUAUAUUCAGUGUAGCACGUAAGUUUCUUAUCAUUCCGGUAAAAAGUGUAGCAGACAAUGCAUUGCAACGCAAAAGAAACGUUUCAAGAUCAAGGGCAUCAAGUUAGGUUGCAAUUAUCACAUUUCCGCAUUUCCAAACUGAACUCAUAAAAAUCAAAAGUGGUGGGGGGAGAGCCUUAGUCAAAUUUGCUCUUUCGUCUGCGGUUAGUCACUCUUGGUUACAAGCCGUAUGCUCUUCCUCUUUUUCUUUCUUUCUUCUACGUUUCUCUGCUUUGAUCGUGCUAAUUUGUUGCUCAUUCCUCCGAAGGUCUAUUAUAAAACGAGCAGAGCAAGCCUUGCUUGCCCCUAUCGAAUUACGCCUUUCUUUUUAAGCAGAAACUCGCGACCGGGUAAUUUAUUUUGUUUCUUCUGCUCCAUAUUCUGUUGAAUCACUUCUUAUCAUCUCGUUCUACACUAUUCUGUCUUUGCUUUCCUCACUGUUCUUUCUCUUGGCAGAGUGCGCAUUUCGCAACGUGCCAAUGGGGUCGAGCGGAUAGUGGACACGUUGCGCACCCGUUUGUGGCCGUGGCCGCGCGGGAAGGAUUUUCUCGGCCAGCCGGGAGAUUUAAUGUAUGUUGCGUUGCGAUGUUUUGGCCAUUUCCUGCAAACGCACAUUUUGCCUUCCGCUCGCCAAAAAAACAGUGUUCUAUUGCCCUUUGCCGUUGUUUUUCUCUGGUUUCCGCCCGUUCGCAUCGGUAUUUCCGCGUUUGUAGUGAUGUUCUGUUGAUAUCUCUUCGUUUUUUUCGUUUUUGUGUUGCAUGCCGUAGCAGCUGUCGUUGGCCGACACCGGAAUCAAGCAAAAAUGCAAAAAUGCACGAACAUAUUUUGACGUAAAACCAGAAUAGACGUGUGUAGAGAAGCAAAAGGGCAGAAAUGACUGACAUUCGACGCGCUACCGCCGCUCUCACAUUAUUCAAAUUUUAGGCGUUUUUGCCGUGGUUUACUCUUAUUUAUGCGCAUGACACAAAGGUCUUUCUGUGCUCUCUCUCUCUCCUUUUUCUCUGUUCAUCCUCCCUUUCUCCUUUUCUCCUUCUAAUCUUCUUUUCCUCGGCUCGCGCACAAGCUCUUCAUUUUCGAAAAAUGUUAUUCCGCCAUGUUUCUCUAACCCGUUUCGUUUUCAGAUGCUGGAUGCAAAACCGCUACCGGUGGAUCCGAAUGAGUGGCGAUCGGAGGAAGUGUCGAUUUGGUUGAAGAAGAUCGGAAUGGCCAAGUACGCCGAUUUAAUUGCGUUCAAACACAAAGUGAGUCAGCCGAAAAGUGAUCGAUUGAAUAAACAGCAACGAUUUCAGGUUGACGGAAAGUGUCUUCUCGCCCUCAGCGACACGGACCUCAAGGACCCUCCGGUCUCCAUCAACUGUCUUGGUGACAUCAAGAAAAUUCUUUUCGCCAUCGAAAAACUGCACAGACAAGUAAAGCACUUUCCCAAAGAAACCUAUGAGGAAUAUGAUUUCCAGGACAUUUCAUUCGGAUCAGUCGCCAGCACAUACUCCCGUCAGUCAAAUGGAAAACCGUUCUCGAGAGACGGUCUCCUUGUUGAAUACAACGAGCAAAAUCAUCUGUCCAUUUCCGGAGAGGAUGUUGUGACGACAACGCGCCGAGCCGAGAUUGUGGAGGAUGAGGAGACGCUUUUGGAUACAUUGGCUAAGUCGACGGACGGAACUUCAACUGUGCAGCUGAUGUCCAGAGAGGAGAUCAUCCGACAGGUCGAGAGACCGGACACCUACUUCAAGUCACUCGUCAAACUGUUCAUCGCAUUUGCAUACUCUUCGCUUUCCUUUCUAAUCACUUCAUUCGUUAUGGUAUUGGUUCACGACAGAGUUCCAGGUGAGACAAAUUAUUCGAAUUCUUGUUUUGAAAGUGUUUCUACAGAUACAAAAACAUACCCGCCGCUCCCGGACCUUGUCCUCGACAACGUGCCACACAUCCCGUGGGCCUUCGACAUGUGCGAAACAAUUGGUCUAGUGUUGGCCAUCGUCUGGUUCACGGUUCUUUUGUUCCACAAGGAAAGGUAUGGAACAUCAGACAACAUCAAGCAUUACGGAAGGGUAUAAUUGCAGAGUGAUCAUUGCUCGCCGGAUGUUCUCGCUUCUCGGGACUGUCUUCUUGCUUCGCUGCUUCACCAUGCUCAUCACUUCGUUGUCAGUACCUGGUAUUCAUUUGCAGUGCGAGGCUAGAGUGGGUCAUGCUAAUGGCAUUCUGGAGAGCAUUAAUCUCUUACAGCCGAACACCUCGAUGCACGAGAAGAUUACUCAAGCGUUCCACAUUUGGACCAAUCUUGGAAUGUCACUGCACGGAGUGCGCAGCUGCGGCGACUACAUGUUCAGCGGCCACACCACCGUCAUCACAAUCAUUUCUCAUUUUAUCACGGAAUGUGGGUGGAAUCUUGUCUUCCGUUCACUGAUUUAUAAUUGCAGAUACUCCUGCUGACUGGACCGGUCUCCAUACGUUCACAUGGGUCCUCAACUGCUUUGCCAUCUUUCUCAUCCUUGCCGCUCACGAACAUUACAGCAUUGACGUUUUCAUUGGUACGUUAAAGUUAUUGCCUGUUUGCAAAGUCUACGUCAUUUUUUCAGCUUUUUACAUCAGCUCAAGAAUGUUCCUGUACUAUCAUGCGUACGCUUACAAUCAUGCUGGCAUCACGGCCACAGAUUACCGCAUGCGAACGUGGUUCCCAUUGGGAUGGUUCUUCGAGUAUGGAUCUCAGGGAAAGGUUUGCUGCUUAUUUUGAUCAUUUCGUCUAUGUAACUGUGUUUUUCAGGUCGAGAAUGAGUUCAGUCUUCCGAUCAAUAUCCGAAUUCCGCGUGGUGUGUUCUUCGCCAAGUCAGAAGAAGCGAAAUUUUCGCCAAAGCCGGAAAAUGCCCGAAAGAAGUCGUCGACUGGUGUGAAACAAAACGGAAACGCCAAGAAUCACUACAAAAAGCACAAUUAG